UGGCGGUGUGUUGCGUUUGAAGUUUAGCGGCGGACAGCGACGGGAACAGUGUGUCUGUAAGGGGACAGACACACGGACAGCGUGUCUGUAAGGGGACAGACACACGGACAGCGACGGGAACAGUGUGUCUGUAAGGGGACAGACACACGGACAGCGUGUCUGUAAGGGGACAGACACACGGACAGCGACGGGAACAGUGUGUCUGUAAGGGGACAGACACACGGACAGCGUGUCUGUAAGGGGACAGACACACGGACAGCGACGGGAACAGUGUGUCUGUAAGGGGACAGACACACGGACAGCGUGUCUGUAAGGGGACAGACACACGGACAGCGACGGGAACAGUGUGUCUGUAAGGGGACAGACACACGGACAGCGACGGGAACAGUGUGUCUGUAAGGGGACAGACACACGGACAGCGACGGGAACAGUGUGUCUGUAAGGGGACAGACACACGGACAGCGUGUCUGUAAGGGGACAGACACACGGACAGCGACGGGAACAGUGUGUCUGGACUUAGACCGUCUGUCUGAGGAUGUUUGAGGACCUGGUUCAGGUCUUCUGUGGUCGUGAGCCUCAGGUGUCUCCAGUGGGCGGGGCUGGUCACACAGGGCGUGGCCUGGACGAAGAGGAAGGCGGGGUGUCCAGUCUUACCAUGGGACAAUUUGUCCUUUGUCAUUGGUCGGAUGGACUCUACUACCUGGGCAAGAUACAGAGGGUUAGCCCACCCAGACAGAGCUGCUUUGUGAUGUUUGAGGACAACUCCAAAUUCUGGGUUUUGUGGAAGGACAUCCAGCACGCUGGAGUUCCAGGGGAGGAGCCUCGCUGCUCUGUCUGCGGAGAGAUGGAGCUAAACUUUGACAGCCAAUCAGAUGAAGCUAACCAGAUUCUCAUUUGUGGGAAGUGUGGCAUUGGUUUCCACCAGCAGUGUCAUGUUCCUCCUGUAGAGGGCAGCAGUGGUCUCAGUCCUUGGUUCUGCAGACGCUGUGUCUUUGCCUUGGCUGUCAGGAAAGGAGGCGCUCUGAAGAAAGGGCCCAUCGCCAAAGCACUGUCAGCGAUGAAGCAGGUGCUGCUGUAUGACCUGGACUCUCUGGACUGGGACUCACAGCAUCGGACCAACCAACAGCAGUGUUACUGCUACUGUGGAGGCCCCGGAGAGUGGUACUUGAAGAUGCUGCAGUGUUUCAGGUGUCAUCAGUGGUUCCAUGAAGCAUGCACUCAGUGUCUGCAGGAGGCCAUGAUGUUUGGAGACAGAUUCUACAUGUUCCUGUGCUCGGUCUGUAAUAAAGGCUCGGAGUACAUCCGGCGUCUGCCGCUGCGCUGGGUGGAUGUGGUCCAGCUUGUCCUCUACAACCUGUCUGUCAGCAGUAAGAAGAAGUACUUUGAGCUGGAUGAAAUCCUGGCCUUCGCCUCCUCAAACUGGGAGUGUCUGCAGCUGGGGAAGUUGACCAACACACCUCCGGCAGAGAGGGGGCAGCACCUGCUGGAUGCGCUCAACAAGUACAAGAGCAAGUUUCUGUGCGGGAAAGAGAUCAAGAAGAGGAAGUGCAUUUUCCGACUUCGGUCUCGCGUCCCUCCCAACCCCCCCUCCAAGCUGUUUCCUGAACGUGGUCAGAGCGAUGGGGGGUGGGGCCAUAAGAGGGGCGUGGCAGGGACCAGUUCUUCAGCAGACAGGAAGAAGAAGAAAAAGUCCAAGUGGCUUCUGGAAGACGCCAUCCCCAAUAAUGAGCUGUCCUGCAGCUGGACCUCCAACCAUCACAUGGCCACCAUCUUUGACUUCACCAUGGACGAACUGCACAGUCUGAAGAGUAGUUCCAGCAGAACUGUCAGCGUGGAUCAGGACUCCACUGAUGCCUCCACUUCAGGUUCUGCUUCGACCAGCAGCGCCUCCUACCACUUCAGAGAGAGGGUGGGUAGCAGGAAGAGGAAGUUGCCUAGCAACAGCUACAGUCUGCGGUCCAACGGUAAUGAUGGAGGGGAGGAGAGUUCUGGGCUCCUACAAGACCAUGAAGCAACAAACCACGGCCACUUGACAUCAGACUCCUCCCAUUUUCUGUCUGACUCCUCCCACCUUCACUCUUCCAUCUCCUCUUACUUUGGAUUGGCAGGCAGACUGACCAAUGGUGAGCGGUACCAGGUUUUGGCUCGACGCGUCACUCCACAGGGAACUGUCCAGUACCUGCUGGAGUGGGAGGGGACAACACCUUAUUAGCAUGUUUGCAGUCUGAAUCUGCUUUGAUUCCUCCCCGACAGCUUUCAGUUUAAAUUCAGCCAAAGACACUCCACUGUUGCCAUGGCAACAGGAGCUGGAGUUUGUUCUUUCAGAGCCACAUAUGUGAAUUCAAAACAUCGCCCUCACGAGUAUAUGUGGGUGGAGCCACAGUAAUUUUGACUAUUGACCACCAUCAACAAAUGUGAUAAAAGGAUGUUUUUUAUCACUGGUAAAUUAUAUUAAAUCUGACCAAAAUAAUAUUUAAAAAAAAAAACUCCACAAAAGCGUAGCUGUGGAAACCUGAAGAUCCAGUUUGCUGCAGUAUUGGGUACGGUCGUGUCGUUUGAGGCCAGGCGUGAAAGGCUUAAAAUGAAAGCACAUAUGAUGCAAUAAAUGUACUUCCGGGGACAGCCCCGUUAUCACCCAGUCACUCAUCUGUCCCCACAGUCUGUUUUUGGGCAAAUUACACGACAAACGAAGUGAAAAUGCAAAGACGACUGAAGACGCGGUGGAAAGCGGACAUGUGACCUGGUGUUGCAGUCUGAUUGGUCCCCUCCAUCUGAUCGCUGUUCCCAUCUUCACUGCUCACGUGUCAUGUCGCAUUCAGGCAGGAAGGGUGGCAAAGGCCAAGAGAGGCUGAGUGGGGGCAGCACAACCCCAAAAAUGUAUGUUAAUGGAUUUGGUGAGAUUAAAACUCCUGUAAUUAUAGAUAAAGUAGAGAAAAUUUCUUGCUAAUAUUUAGAGAGGUGUGAGCAAUACCAAAACAUAUGGGGGCAGCUAUCACAAGAUGGUGAUACGUCCUUUGCCAGACGUUCUUUGGUGUAGUGAGCACGUUAUAAGAUUUUACAUUGAAUAAAACAUUGUUUAGCACAAAUGGAGGAUUUAUGCACCCUGCGUAGAGCCUCAUCCCAAAUAUUUCCUGAGGUUUCUAUACCCAAGCUCAUUUCC